AUGCAAUUCCCCACCCUCUUCUUCACCCUCGCUUCCGUCACCCUUCUCUUUGGAAUCGGUGCAAACGCUAUUGCUGAAGAUUCUACUCGCGCCUGCAACAACCACAAGAACGGCCAAUCUUGCGAGUACUACUUCUACGGUAAUGGCCAGCCGCCCAUCUUUUCCGGCACUUGCCAGCAGCGCGUUAACUACCAGGUCGCGACUUGCACUUGA